AUGUUAGGUGUCUUAAGACCAUUGCUAAUCGCGAGACUGAUCGCAGGCGUGAAAAAGCACAGGAACUACUCGACAGGAUUUACGAGAUCCCCUGACGUUCAAGGUUCCGAGCCGAGUCACGAAGCCAGUGUUGGAGCGUAUACGACUUACGAGGGUACUCGACCAGAUCGUCAAUUAGCAAGAAAUCGGGAUAAAGAACGUUCUUAUAAGAAUAAAUCAGCUGAACCUUUAGUUCACGUCCACCAUCCAACGUUUAUAGGAGGAGGGACUGUUAGUGGGGUUAUAAACUCUGAAACUUUCAUUUCCGGGUCAUCCGAAAAGGAUCAGAAAAAGGAUUCGGUUGACAAUAUCAGCGCCUUCUUCAAAGAUCCCUCUGGCGUAAAGGUAACAAAAUUUACUGAGAAUCAAGUGACGACUCCAAAAAAACAUUCAAUGAAGAGGUUAAAGUAUGACCUUCGCAAUAA